AUGGAUAACUUCUUGCCCUUUUCAUAUCCUAACGCUAACUUUGUCGAAGAACUCCCCAUGGAUCUUAACAACAAUCACUCAUACUUCUCAACGGUCCCUGCUUAUGAUCAGCUUCAUUAUCAAGAGCAGCCUCAACAGUUCUAUCAGCCGAGUCCAAACGUUGCAUGGCCGAUGGAGCAGACGGCGAUGAUGAAUCAUCAGCAGCUUCAGUACCAGCCGGAGGUUUUUCCUCAUCAGAUCCCGAUGACGCAAACCGGAAGUGAAUUCGUUUCUUUGGCUUAUAAUCCCGCCGGUUUUAGACAAGAAAGAGGUGUGUUUCUUGAUCCACACAUGAAGAAGAUGGCGAGGAUCAACAGGAAGCAAGCGAUGAUAAGAUCAAGAAACAACCCUGGCUCUAGCUCUACUUCAAACGAGCUGGCUGAUUCAAGGAGACAAUUGUCUCUUGCCAUGAGAAACAUUGACGAGGCUGAGGCUAGAGAAGAUGUCUAUCUAUAUUCCUCGUACGAUAACAAGAUGCUUAGGGUUUUGUUGGUGAAGAACUUGAAGAACAGCGAUGUUGGGUCACUUGGGAGGAUCGUUCUACCAAAGUACUUCUCCCUAAGUAAGCCGGCGGGCAGACAAAACGUAGCAAGACAAGAAGAGUUCCCUGAAGUCAACGAGGCUAACUCCUGGGAAGAUAUGUUCAUGUGUGAUGAUGAUUCUUUUGCAAUGAUCAUGGGAAAUCUAAACGAUGACUAUCCCAACCCAAACAGUGUUAUGGGCGGCCUCACAGUCGAUCUUGAUCAGAAUCAUCAAGCCACCUCCUCGUUGCCACCUGUUGAUCACGUGACCGUUGCCCAGCACGUGGGUUCGUACAAUGAUGACGUGAACUUCAACGGCUUCGCAGGAUAUUGA